AUGGAUAUGCAAGACGUGAAAGUACUUUUUGACGGAUACUCCAAACUAGAAGGUGGAGACUACUAUGCAAAUUGUUCUUGUGUUUUAAUCAAAGGUCCCCACAAUGUUAUCGUUGAUACGAUGACUCCAUGGGACGGAGAUAAAUUGUUGAAUGCUUUAAAAGAAGAAAAUAUUAGUUGCUCUGACAUAAACUACGUAGUAUCAACUCAUGGUCAUUCAGAUCAUACAGGGUGUAAUUAUCUGUUUAAAAACGCUAUCCAUAUAGUAGGUUUCUCGAUUUCUCACAAAGAUAAAUAUCACACAGAUCCAGACUUUAGGAAUGGUGAACACUACAAAAUUAAUGAUAAGAUCAAAGUAAUUCCAACACCAGGACAUACAUUACAAGAUGUCUCCGUAAUUGUAGAAACUGACAAAGGAGUGCUAGCUGUCACAGGAGAUCUGUUUGAGAAAUUUGAUGAUCUUGAUAACGAGUAUAUUUGGUUGUCAGCAGGAAGCGAUUCUGAAAGUUUGCAGAGAGAAAACAGAAUGAAAAUUUUGAAAAUGGCUGAUUUUAUUGUUCCUGGUCAUGGUACUAUGUUUGAGGUUCCAAAGAAAUAUAAGUAA